AUGUCAAAGACAUUCAGCGCCAACGACGUCGCGUCGCACAAGACGCCUGACUCUCUCUGGAUCAUUGUCGAUGAAGAUGUUUAUGACCUGACAAAGUUUCAAGAUGACCACCCAGGCGGCAAGAAGAUCCUCCAAAGAGUAGCCGGCAAGGAUGCCUCCAAGCAGUUCUGGAAAUAUCACAACGAGGGUAUCCUGAAGAAGUACAAGGGGCAACUUCAGGUUGGCAGCCUCGACAGCAAGCCAAAAGUAGAGGCGAAGCCUGCCGCAGAGCCCAUGCCUGUUGCCGCGCCCAAGGCCGCCGCUCCCGCGAAGAAGCCCGUCACCCCCAAGGGCCAGGAAGAAGCCGAGGCUCUGGAGCCAUUCGGUGCUCAGAUCCCCUUCUCCGACCCAAGUUGGUACCAAGGAUUCCACUCUCCCUAUUUCAACGAGUCCCACACCGCCCUCCGAGCCGAGGUCCGCGAAUGGGUCGAGAACGAGAUCGAGCCCAAUGUCACCGAGUGGGACGAGAAGAAGGAGGUCCCACCCGAGAUCUACAAGGAGAUGGGCCGCCGGGGCUACCUGGCUGGUCUGCUCGGGACAGCCUUUCAGAGCGACUACACCGAGAACAAGAUCAAGUCCGUUGCGCCUGAGCAAUGGGAUCUCUUCCACGAGAUGCUCCUCACCGAUGAGCUCUCGCGCGCCGGCUCUGGCGGUUUCGUCUGGAACGUCAUCGGCGGUUUCGGCAUUGGCUGCCCGCCACUAGUCAAGUUUGGCAAGAAGGCCCUCAAGGAUCGGAUCCUGCCUGGGAUUCUGAAUGGCGACAAGCGCAUUUGCUUGGCCAUUACUGAGCCAGAUGCGGGCAGUGACGUUGCCAACCUGACAUGCGAGGCCAAGCUGAGCGAGGACGGCAAGCACUACAUUGUCAACGGCGAGAAGAAGUGGAUCACCAACGGUAUCUGGUCUGACUACUUCACGACUGCAGUGCGGACGGGUGGCCCAGGCAUGAACGGUGUUUCUCUCUUGCUUAUCGAGAGGGAGGCCGGCGGUGUGUCGACGAGGAGGAUGGACUGCCAGGGUGUCUGGUCUUCAGGCACAACGUACAUCACAUUUGAGGAUGUCAAGGUGCCAGUUGAGAACCUUCUGGGCAAGGAGAACCAGGGCUUCAGAGUCAUUAUGACCAACUUCAACCACGAGCGUAUCGGCAUCAUCAUCCAGUGCCUGCGCUUCUCGAGGGUGUGCUUCGAGGAGUCGGUCAAGUACGCCAACAAGCGCAAGACGUUCGGCAAGAAGCUGAUAGAGCACCCCGUGAUCCGGCUGAAGCUGGCGCACAUGGCGCGGCAGAUCGAGGCGUCGUACAACUGGCUCGAGAACCUGAUCUACCAGUGCGAGAAGAUGGGCGAGACCGAGGCGAUGCUGCGCCUGGGCGGCCCCAUCGCCGGCCUAAAGGCCCAGUCCACCGUCACCUUCGAGUUCUGCGCCCGCGAGGCCUCGCAGAUCUUCGGCGGCCUGUCCUACUCGCGUGGCGGCCAGGGCGGCAAGGUCGAGAGGCUGUACCGAGAUGUCAGGGCGUAUGCCAUUCCUGGCGGUUCCGAGGAGAUUAUGCUAGAUUUGUCGAUGAGACAAUCCAUGAGGGUGGCGAAGAUGUUGGGGGGCAUGAAAUUGUAG